AUGAAUCAUAUCAAAUCUCUUGUAGCUCAGGAUGGUAAGUUAUUACAUAAUGAUCAAGAGGUGCAGCAGGAAAUAGUGGGGUUAUACAAGAAAUUACUAGGGGAUGCAGCAGAACAAAUGCCAGUGAUUAAUCCAACAAUAGUGAAGAAUGGAGCAAUAUUGACAAGAGAACAACAACUGAAGUUAAUAGAACGAAUCACCAUAGAGGAGAUAUCUAGGAAAGGUCUCAGACAAGGGGAUCCAUUGUAUCCUUACUUGUUUGUUCUAGCAAUGGACUAUCUCAGCAGAUUACUCAGAACUCUGAAGAAUCAGCCAGAUUUUAACUACCAUCCAAGAUGUGAAAGGUUUCAAAUUAUUCAGUUGGGAUUUGCUGAUGAUCUACCGUUAUUCUGUAGGGGUGAUGAAGUUUCUAUCCAUAUGUUAUAUAACUGCUUCAUGGAAUUCUCAAAGGUGUCAUGUCUAACUGCAAAUAAGAGUAAGAGUUCCAUAUAUUUUGGUGGUGUAAAUCCAAUAGUGCAGCAAAAUGUCAUGGAUGAACUAGGGUUUUCAAAAGGAGAGUUGCCUAUAAGAAUACAGUUAAUCAAAAGUGUGCUGCUAUCUAUCAAAAUAUAUAGGUCUCAAAUAUUUGUACUCCCAAAGAAGAAGAUCUUGAAGGCUAAACAAUACAUGAUAGAUGCUGGGGUUAACUUGGAUGAGAUACUUGACAAGAAUCACAUAAACAUUAACUAUAUAUACAAGAAGCUAAAGCAGGAUCACCAGAAGAUGCCUUGGAGGAAGCUGGUAUGUAACAAUGGAGGUAUGCCAAAGUUGAUCUUUAUUCUGUAUGUGGCUAUACUGGGCAAGUUGGCUACAAGAGAUAGAUUAGUAAGAUGGGGAAUAGCAAAUGAGCUGUUAUGCCCUAUGUGCAAUGUAGAGGAGGAAAGCAUGGAAAACUUAUUUUUCAAGUGUACAUAUACAGCAGCAAUUUGGGAGAAACUACUACAGUGGAUGAAUGUUAAUAGACAACCGAUGGAAUGGAGUCAAGAAAUAGAAUUGACAUGCAACAACGUUUGA